AUGAAGAAAGUGGCUAGUCUUGUGCUCGUCCUGGCUCUGGGACUUGCCGUCGUUGAAGGUGAAAACCAGUCUCCUACUCAUACCCGACCAGGAGGAAGUUCGCCAAAUCUCCAAAUCGCCAACGGCCUGAAAAGCUUAAUAACCAUCAUAUCCGAAUACAAGAGGCAAAUCCGCACAAAAGUUAGACUGCCGGAAUUGCAGGACGCAAUCGAGACGAUUGACAAGUCUAUGUUGGGCUACCAAGGCAUGGCCAGUACGCAUCUGGAUGGGUUGCGUACCCAGUUCAGUACGGCUCGUCUCUCUUACGAGCGGUGCGUGGAUCCGAUCUUUGAGUGGUGCGUUUCGAUCAAACCCACCAUCAACAGUUUCCUCGCCUUCGCCAAUGACACAAGCAUUAAAGCCUCAGAUAGGAAUCUUUUUUGGGAUAUAUUAGCCACCGGCCUGCAGAAUGGUCUGAUUACGGCAUACGACUCACUAUCCAGACUGAGUCUCUUUGAGAGCCAGGCAAAUGAUGUGGCACGUACACUGAACCUGAUGAAUAGGGAUCUCAAAUAUGAUUUUAAUCAAAAAAAAAUUCAACUAACGAGAGAGGUUUCCUCUAUAAAUAAGGCUCCAGUAAACUGGAACAUGAUCAUUGAAAGGAUAUUUAAAAUCAUCGUUGAAUUCAUGAAUCAACCUAGUGGGAACAUAUUUAGUGAGCUUUUCACCACCAACCAUUGGAGUUGUAUCAAACGGGAAAAGAUUGCAUCCAAGCAAACGGAAAUGGAGAUAAUCAUUAAGUUCUUCGAUAUAAUGAUGGAUAAGCUAUCGAACGCCGGCCGCAUUGCCCACGAAGUCAAGGUGGGCCUGGAUGCUGAGCAACCGAAACUGGCAGCCGUCAUUCCCCCCCAAAUGGAUAUUGUAGUUUUAUUUGGCAACGAAGAGGUGCGUCAAAAUUUGGACCCGAUCAUUAUAGAUUUGAAGAACGUCUGCACGGAAUACACUACCCUGCGUUUGUCUGCCACUCAAGGGCACCGAUCACGAAGACCGUGGAUAGAUUACCCGCCACUAUAUCCCAUUCAGCAACAUCCAAAGGAACCUUCACCAGGUGGCGGAGCACAAGAACCAAGUGGAUAUAAUGGAGCUGACCGGGGACAAGAAGGACAAGGAUAUGUCCAGCAAACGCAAUAUAAUACGAAUGUACAAUCGACACCAGCACCAGGUAGUAAGAGUGGUAGUUCUCGUCCAGCCAGACUCCCAGAAGGUGUCCAAGGAAAUCAAGGCUUAGAAGGACAAGGAUAUAUCCAGCAAACGCCAUAUAAUACGAAUGCCGGACUCCAAGGAGGUGUCCAAGGAAAUCAAGGCUUAGAAGGACAAGGAUAUGUCCAGCAAACGCAAUAUAAUACGAAUGUACAAUCGACACCAGCACCAGGUAGUAGGAGAGGUAGUUAUCGUCAAGCCGGACACCAAGGAGGUGUCCAAGGAAAUCAAGGCUUAGAAGGACAAGGAUAUAAUGUACGGAUGGAGGUACAGCCGAUUUUUAAAGGACAAGAAGAAAACCAGGGAAACGACAAUUUGAAGAACGAAAAUAAAGAAUUGAAGGCGGAAGUGGAAGCACUAAAAGAAAAAUUAAGUUUGGCAACAAGGACUAACCAUAACCAGGAUACAAGAUAUACCCAACGAUCAACACAAUCCGGCAAUACAAGUCCGACAGGAUAUCCGUAUAACAAAUAA